AUGGAUCCUCUAUCAAUAACCACGUCCUGCCUUGCUCUAUUGGGCGCGUUGACGCAAACCACGACUACAAUCAUCCAGUUUAUCCGCGAUUGCCGCGAGGCUCGGGGGGAUCUGACCUCCGUUACGCAGGAGCUGUCCGAUUUGAGGAUCGUCCUAGAACUCCUCAAAGAGGACGCCGCAGAGACGGAUGGCGAUAUUCCUCUCUCCGGGGCUCUACGCACACAGAUCAUUACCGUGAUUAACAACUGUGGUGAUGUUGCAGCCAAGAUCGAAAGAGUGCUGGUGAACUUACGCGGCAGCCGUAUCGGUGCCGUCAGAUGGGUCUUGGAUGGCAAGAAAGAGGUUUUCAUUUUGAAGCAGUCACUCGAAGCGCAUAGAGGUGCAUUAAGCCUCGCAUUGGAGAUGGUUCACCUAUCAGUUACCAAGGCCGUGAAGGAGGACACAGGUGCCAUUAGGGAAGACACUAAAGCGAUAAAGCAGGAUACAGCACAGAUCCUCGAGGAAAUUGCGAGACUCAGAGAGAGAAUACCUAUAGCAGACCGAAGCUUUGUGCUGGAGAGGUAUCUCGAUUCACUUAGCACGUACGCUGCAACAGUAUAUGACGAAGUGAAUGGUCCUGAGGGAGAGUCACUGCAUUCCACCGAUCACAGCUCAUCCGCAGAAGGGCUUUCCGACGAUUUCGAUCUUCCCGUCAAGGGAGCUGCGGAUGAAGCUUUGACUCCAAGGGUAGACCAGCGUGAAAAGACUCACCUGGCCACUGCCCCAAUGCCAUUGCAGAAUACACCGUCAGGGUCUUCUUUCCGGGGUCGCCAGUCCCCUCCAGUCCGGAAUACCGACGAUCAAUACAGUCAACAGCAACAUAACCGUGACGAACAUCAGACUCGUGUAUUUGACAGCAGAAAACAACCAGAGCGAAAGAGUUCCGGUCAAAAGAGCCUUUCAAGUACGGACAAUGACAAAGCUUCUGCAAGAGAGCUUAGCCUCAGUCAGGAGUUGGGAGAAUUAGAGUAUCGGAAAGAUAUUCCACAAAUUUCACUUGACGAGGCGUCCUCACGGUGGACAAGACUACAAAAAACAAAUGGUACCCAAAAUUCUGUUACUCCACGUAAAGAAUUCAACCAAAACGACUUGUCAGAACAUUUCCAAGACACUUUCUCUCCUCAAGCUAAGAUUGGUUCCCCCGGGAUCCUUAGUCUUUAUUUGAUAUUAGGACACAAAUCUCAUGCCGAGUACACAGAGACCUUUCCUGCAGCGUCACCGAGCACUGAGGCCUUAGAAACUUGGUCAGAAGACCCUAUUUCCACUGCCAAAUUAGAAAUUCGCGACUUGAAAUGGACACCUACGGGAGUGAAUCAGAUUGUCAGUUUUGGAUUUUCUGAAAAGUACAACCUUGGUGCUUUUGUGCAGUUACACCGACGAGUCUCUAUCUGGAACAUGGACCAAGGAAUUAAAGUGGGCGAAAUCAAGCGCAAGUGGCGUGGAAUCGAAAGACCGAGUGGAGUUUCCGUCAUCCAGCACAAGGAGCUUUCAGGCGAAGUGGGCUUUUACGUCAUGAUAUACUCUGCCUCGACUUGGCGGUAUGAGUGGGUGACGGAGGUGUUUCGAUUGCCUUUCUGGGAAAGAGCAGUCAGAGAUGUGUCCAGGGGAUUCUAUCUCAGUCAAAUUGGCCAGUCGGAUAGUAUCCUGGAUAUGGCCGUCGAUUAUGCAGCUGAGCGUGUUGUGACGAUAUGGAGGCGAUCGAAUUCUGGGGAAUCAAGCCAAGGAGCAUCACGGACAAUUCUCGUCAAUGUCUGGUACCGAACUUAUCAAUCCACGGGAAUCACGGGAAUGAGUUACACUUUCAGCGUCCCUCAUUGGGGUGUACUAGAUCUAACGUAUCAGCUAAUGCUCAAAGAAGACUUUGUCUUCCUACUGUCGAAAAAAAUCGAUUACUGCCAGGUCCUCGACCUCGGUGCCCACAGUCGCCAGGUUUGCAGUAACACAGAUGGAGAUUUUCCCAUUCAGUCAUUUAGGCCAUUUAACAACGUGGAGAACGGACUACUGGUCCCUCAGCACCCCAGAAUCACAUGGAAGUCCGCACAGGUUAAUAGUGCACAGAACACAGUCAGCAUGGGAGCUUAUUAUUGGAAUAGUGGGAGUUGCGUUGAGGUGAAAGCCUAUGUUAACACAUUAAGGUGGCAGCCUUUGGCCGAAUACGGGGCUGCAAAUGCUUAA